AUGGCAGGGCUUGUCCCCCACUCUAUAUUAAAAGACGAGACAGCUGAGGCGGCCAGCAGGACCGGCAGAGAGCCACAGCGCGGCGGCGGCGGUGGUGAUGGGGCCGGCACCCAGCUCGGGGCCGCUUUUGGAAAACGAGGAACACAGAAGGCAGAGACUCACGAACAUCUGUGGACCAACAGCAGGUGUGAGCCGGGGCCAGCUCCCUGCGGGGCGUCCAACUGGCAGAUGAGGGGCCGCAGGACGCCGGGCUCCGUCAUCCCCUGGUUGGCGAGAGUUCGACGGCUCUGGCCUCGGCUCAGCUGGGAGAACAGAAGGGCAGGGAUUCAGCACAGCUUCCAGAGCAGCCCAGCGGCAAACCUGCCUUCCCUCCCUGUGUCAGCCGAGGUUACGGUCCCCACUGGGUCCCAGCCAGCAGCAGAGGACCUGCAGCUCCUGACAGCUUGGCCAGGACCGUGCCACUCCCCGCCCGCCGUGGAGGCCAGCGCGAGGACCAGCGAGUGCAGGGCUUCCUCCGCAGCGAGGGGGACGCACCCGGGUGGAGAGGCCCACCGGUUUCACAUUUCCCUGUGCAGGGCGAGCAAGCCUCGUGGCGGUCGGAUCUCGGCCCUAACUCCUUUGGGGCGCGGGACUCCAGCCAGAGAUGGCAGCCCGUUUGUGUGGUAG